AUGGAAGGUUCAAGCAAUCCUCGCCCCUCAAGCGAGGAUGCAGUUCCAAUGAGCCACCGCAUUGACAAUUGGGAUACUGUGAACCAACAGGAGCCAUCGCCUCUCUUCAGCGUGCUCCCUGCCGAGCUUCGCAGCCUCAUCUUCGAGUUCGCACUCGCCGAGUUCACUGCACCAGCGCUAGACCGCCCCAUCCAACAUGAAUUCUCUGCCCGUGAUGAUCAUGAGAAGCUUGACGACGAGCCCAACCUGGAAAAUGGCCCAGCUAGCGAGGCAAGUGACCCACACGGACAGGAAAGCAGCGCUCAACCGCCUGACCCGGACGAUGGGCCAGCACCGGCAGUCCAGCCACCCCUGGCCUCGUUUCUCCUCUCUGCCCGUGAGCUGAAGAACAGCUGGGACUGGUUCCGCCCCGGCUACACGGGGCACCGCAAGAUGAAGACGGCCCUACUCGGGACUUGUCGACGCGUCUACCUUGAAGCCUGUGGGCUUAGGUCUGAAGGUAGCAAGAUCUUCUACAAUACGAGAGGGCCGUGUUGGUGUCCACAGUCCCCCGCGAAAUAUGUCUCUGGCCUUCCCCGUGGAGCUGCUCAGCACAUCCGCAACCUGCAGAUGUUCUCGCAGGUGCGGUACCUCGAGUGGGAUCUGAUGGAUCUCGUGACUGGUGUGUUCACUGCCGGCCCACAUCUUCAGCGUCACAUGCCUCAAGCGCGGCUUCAUCCAGCGCAUUUUGUCACUAGCCAUUCGUAUAUGGCCUUCCCACGUGUCUCUCGCGCUGCGUCCUACCAAGGUAGACUUCCUGCUUCGCUGCCUCAACAUGGGUACCGGCCGGGCUCCGCAGGGCCAGCGAUUUGGGAGAGCCUAGGGCAAUCAUCGCCAACACGGCUUUCAGAAGCUGGUCUUAUCAGCCCCUGGCGUCUAACAGAGCAUCUAACAAGCCUACGGAUUUACCUGCGUCGCACAGAUUGGUGGAACUGGGAGGGAAAUGCGCCGCUGCUGAUCAACCCCUUCAGCCCACAAACGAGCCGUGCGAGCCCACCAGUGGCCAACAUGUUGAGCAGCAUGCGCACCUCAGCCGAGGCCGACAAGCGCAUCGAGCCGUCCUUGCUCUGCGUGACACCGAGCUCGAUCCCGCGCUGGGACUGCUGGGCCCUGCUCUUCCUGCGAAUGCCUAACCUCAAACAGCUGACCAUCGACUUCGAGACGUCAGAGGAUAAGAAGUCUGAGAUGGAAGCAAUCGUGGAAUGGGCCCGCCUUCGCUGGCGGUUUCCCGUGCUGCGGCGGUUAUCUGGCACUGAGCGGGACCCGUACACGUUCAGACACAUGCAGAGGAGUCGCAACGCCACCCCGGUCGACCUCUCGCCCUGGUCGGACGACCUGGAUGUACUGUCUGCAGCGGACCAGCCGGUACAAAAGACCAGCUGGCGCGGUCUGCCACAACACUUCUCAGCAGCGUGUCACGCCUGUACGGCCGGCUGGGGCGAGGAAGAAGGUGCGCCCGACUGCGAGGAGUGCACGAAGAGGGGGAAGCUGCUCAAGCUCAACAAGGGCCCGCAGCUGCUUGUGUGGACUGUCCACUGGGAGCGGAAGGUGCCCCCUGGACAUGCGCAGCCGGAGGGGAGCGCCGGAGGGGAGGGUAGCCAGGAGCGAGGUGGACAGCCACAGCCAGGAUCGGCGUCUGCCGAACGGCAGGAUGGCCCGGGCCCUAGAAGCGCCGAGUAUCGGGCCCGCCGGCGGAGGGAGUUGGACGAACUCAUGGAGAUGCAGGUGAUGUUCUGA